AAAAAAUACAUGACUGCAUGUGUACACGAAUCUAAGAUGUACUUCAUUUUGCUGCCGUCUAGGGAGAGCUACAACAAAUAUACUAUAGACUGUCUAUGUCCCCUUGUAGUGAGCUCCCUCUGUGGGUGCAGAUGGGGAAUUGCAGGCAAAUAAACACUAACAAGCCACUCUCAAACCAUAGUAUUUAAUUUCCUGCUCUGUAUUUGAUGCUGUUAUUUGGAUUUUAAUGCAUAUAUUAAUGUAUUUUGCAUGUAUGGGUAUGUCAGGUUAAAACGACUUUCAGCUCUUAACUUUUCCUUAUCAGAUAGAGGAAAUACCAACACUUUGUAUGCCUAACAUCGUCAAGGUCAUGCCCCUUUCCUUCUCACCCACACACACAAUAAGUGAACACACACGGUUUAGCCAAGCAGAAAAGAUUAAAAAAGUAAACACAGUAUGAGCAGUGGUCGACUGUUUCUAUGAGUUAAUGACUUUGUUUCUUACUGUAACCAGCUGCUGUCUCUCUCAGUUCCUCUUUAUUUUUCACAUUUUCACGCCAAGGUGACCAAUAUCAUGAUGCGGCCUUUGAAAACCUGGCAGAAGAUGAGUGCAUCUGAUUGGUCCAACCUGACCCUCCACCUGGAGGACUCCCUGACCAGUGCUUUGAGCCAUUAUCUGGACAGCUGGAGGCGUAAUGCGACAGCUGCAGCCGACGCUCUGGAUAAGACUCUGGCUGAAGAGAACUUCAGGAACGUCAUCUGGUAUCUGGCAGUGAUGAUCGGCAUGCUGGCCUUCAUUAUUGUGGCCAUCCUGGUGAGCACAGUCAAAUCCAAGAGGGGGGAGCACUCUAAUGACCCCUACCACCAGUACAUCAAGGAGGAAUGGACUGCUCAACAGGGUGACGUUGUGACCAACUAUGGAGCUAAAUAAUGCAAGACUCACAGCAGAUCAUCAUUAUCAUCAGGUGCAGCCAAGACAGUGGAGCCUGUCUGGAUGUAGAAACAGCUCCUUGUCAGUCACCGUAUGCAAAGCAACAGAAUGAACGUUAUAUUCUUAAUAUAAGCUUUUUAUAGAAAAUAAUAGGUGUAAU